CUGACCGAGUCGCGGAAAGACGGCGCUGCCUCUUUAAAACCGCCGGGCUCUUUAUUUGGCAGGAAGUUAGCCGCGGCGCACAGGAAGCGGGAGAAUGAGGACACUCUGAGGCGCAGGGAUUGGCAGAGAAACGAGGAACACAAAGUCAGCCCCCUCCUGUAUGAAGACAAGUCAGAGGCAACUAUGUCUUCAGUGGAUCUCAAGACGAAGGAGGAGAAGGAUGCAGAGUUGGACCGACGAAUCGAGGCUUUGAGGAAGAAGAAUGAAGCUCUGGUUAAGAGGUACCAGGAAAUCGAGGAGGACAAGAAGAAAGCCGAGCAGGAGGGCAUUGCCAUCACAACACCCCGGAAACCCCGUCCCCACGAGCCGGAGACGGACAGGAAGAAGACGGAUAAGGAAAACUUCACUGUCACAGUUGACCUUUCUAAAUCAACAGGGGAGAAGAGAGUCGUGAAUGACUGGAAACCUGGAACCCCUCGCGGCCGGAAGACGUCAGAGGAAAGCGACGGGCAAAGAGGACAAAAUGACAGCAACAGCCCCCCCAGGAGGAUGGGGUCAGGACGAGUAGGUCGGGGAGGACAGAGAGGAGGAGCAGGAGGCCGCCCAGAGAGGAGAGAAUGGGAACCAAGAACACCCAGAGGUGGAGAACCUGGAGAGUUGGGUGGACAGGGACGCAGAGGAGGAGGGAGGAGAGAAAGAGGAGGAGGAGGAGAAGGUAGAGGAGGAGAAGGCAGAGGAGAAGGCAGAGGAGAUGGCAGAGACGGCAGAGAAGGCAGAGGAGGAGGGGGCAGAGGAGGAGGUAGAGGAGGAGGAGGCAGAGGAGGCAGAGGAGGAGGAGGAGGAGGAGGAGGAGGAGAAGGCGGAGAAGGAGAAGGAGAAGGCGGGACACCAGGUGGCGUGGACAGGAAAUCCCAGGAGUGGGAGGAGAAGAGACGACAGAACAUUGAGAAGAUGAACGAGGAAAUGGAGAAAAUAGCAGAGUAUGAGAGAGGACAGCGGAUGGACGGUGACAAGCCAAUCCGUAACUUCCUGGAUGACCCGAGGCGUUCAGGUCCGGUGCCUGACAUAGACCGCAAGGAGGGCAGCAGGAGACAUGUCCGAAACUGGGGAGGACUCGACUUUGACAACGUAAAGACGGGAAAUGAACUGGAGAAGGAGUGGACUAGUCGAAGGCCUGGUCCCAAGGGCUCCGUGGACAUGACCAUGUCCAUGACCGGCCGGGAGAGAGCGGAGUACCUGCGCUGGAAGAAGGAGCGUGAGCAGAUCGAUGAGGAGAGACUAGCGCGCCAUCGUAAUGCCACAGGCCAGUGGAGACGAGAGUGGGAUGCACAGAAGACGGAUAACAUGUUCAAAGAGGACCCAUAUGCGGCUGCAGAGGGGGUCACAUCCGAGCAGGGCAGCAGGAGAGCCCGGGGGCGUAACUCUCGUGCAGAGCCUCGGGGCAGGGCCUCAGAUGACAGUAAGCGACCGCCCAAGGAGUCCACAUUUGGUGACUUCCUGUCUCAGGGCAGGACCCCGGGGCCCCGAGGGGACCGUAGCAGAGGGAGGGGCCGAGGACAGAAACAGAGCUACAGCAUGCAUGACAACCGCUGGGAAGGAGAGAAGGAAGAAGAGGAGGAGAAGGAAAAGGAGGACAAGACGAAGAGAGAAGAGAGGACGAAAAAGAAGAAGGAAGAAAAACCCAAACCUUCCCCCCCGCAGAAGGUGGAGGAGAAUAAUGCAGAUGGAGAGGAGGACGAUGACUGGGAAGAUGCCAGCGAUGGAGAAGACGAGGAUGAAGGGAGCGACUCAGAACAUGACUCCAGGGGCAAUGAGAAGAAAGAUGCUGGGAAAGAAAAACCAGCCAAGAGCAAAGAGAACUCCCCUUUGUCUCCCACGCCUCGUUCUCGAAAGACGUCAGUGGGAAGCCCCAAAGAGCAGCGAGCACCCAGGCCGAAGGUGCACAUCCCCCCCCCGACCGCAGCUCAGGAGUCAUCAGAGGGCGGCAAACCCCUCAGCCCCUUCUGCCCGCUGGAAGGCCACCAGCCUGUGUCGGACUGGGGAGAGGAGAUGGAGAUGCUGUCACCUCGGAGCAGCAUGGGAACAGAGAGUCCCUUGAAACCCCCCAGUGCUGAGUCCAGCCCCCCCCAGAAGAAGGCCCAGGAGCACGAGGACGAGACGGAGAGUCAGGACGUCGGCUCCAGUGAAGCUGCUGAGCCACGGAAAGAGGAGGAAACAGAAGUCUCCUCUCCUCCAGAAGAGUUUGAGACCCAGCAGAUUGUGAUCGUGUCAGAACCGGAGUCCGUCCCCACACACUCCCCCGCUGCUACACCACCUGAUGCCACCCCCUCUGAUAUUUCUGUCCCAGCCCACUCUGAAGUCAGUGAGGCUGCUGUGACGGACCAGGAUUCACCUGCUGCUCCGUCACAAGACUCCGCCCCCUCUCCUCCUGCCCUGGAGGCCAAUGAGAGCUCUUCUGAACCAGCAGGAGGGAAAGAGGACGACGCAGCGCCGGCUGAGACCAGCGACUCUGAGACCAGCGACUCUGAGACCAGCGACUCUGAGACAGAAGAAACAGUGGAGGAGUCCCCAAAGCAGGUGUCCCCAGAGCAGGUGUCCCCAGAGCAGGAGUCCCCAGAGCAGGUGUCCCCAGAGCAGGUGUCCUCAGGCUGAAGCUGCUGGGAGCAAACACACUGACUUCAGAGGAGGAAGGAGAGAUGACAGGAAAUGGAGACAAGUGAAGAGCAUCGCACUUCUCAUCACUGGAGCGACCGUCACACGUGUAAUUCAGAAUUCAUUUAAACAUCAGGAGGAGGAGGAGGGAUUGAGCAUCACCAUCAUGAACAGACAUAUUUUCAGCUGAGAUGUUUUUAAAGUAUACUUUGGAUCAGUGGGUCUGAUCACCUCUGGUUCUCGCUUACUCUGUUUAAGUUUUAAGAAAUCAAGAGUAAAAUGUCUAAAGUUUUUGUUCUUGCAUCGGAGUCUCAAGGUUUUCUGAGCUGUGUCCACAGGAGAAACCACAGAUGAUCAUUUAAGACGUGCUGAGGAUGGAUCUCUGCACGUCGCCCUCUGAGCUGCACAGAAAACACCGGCUCAGUUUACCUGAGAUUUGAUGUUUAUGAAUUGACCUCAUUGUAGCUGCCACAGGUUAAAUUGAAGAAAAAUCUUGACACUGAUUUUGACAAGACACAAUUGAUAGGUGUUAAAAAUUGAUCAAAACUGAAGCAAGUACAUUACCCACAUUGCAACUCAUCCACUAACAGUAUGGUGAGAGAUUUUGUGUGAUGCUAGUAGCAGCUAAUGUAACCUGCAGUAGCUGAGGCGCUAACUCUGCUCCCUCCUACUUUAUUUAACUUUUCGUCCUGACGUAUAUAUCCCACUCGACAGCUUCCUGUGGACGCUCUCAAGGCUUUUAUACUAUUUUCACAUAUGCAAAAAGGUUUAGAUGUUUCAAAUUGGUGAAAUUGCCUUUUUGAUAUGAAUUUAUGACAAAUUAUUGAGCAUAAAAGCUCCAGUGUUGAGUCAGCGACUGAUCCGACUGUUGAUCAGUGUCGUUCUGCAGGAAAAUCGACCUUCACACUACAAAGAGUCGUACAAUUGUCUUUAAUAUUUUCUCAGCCAGUUUCUAUGUUGAAAUUAUUUUUACACAGUAUUGUUUGCGCUCAUGGGAGUGUUUGCUGUUGUCUUUCACGUUUAGAGCCUCUGACUCUUCUCCGGCAGUGGUCUCAGCUCCAUUAGCUCCAUUAGUGUUUGUAAUGUAGUGAUCGGCCUCCAGCCUGCUCGGCUCUUGGCUUUUUAUUUUGUGGCUUUUAAUUAUUUUCUUCAUGGAAAUGCUCAUUUUCCAUUUCCGAGCCUCUGACACUUUUAUUUGAAAGUUAUAAUCGGAGAGAAAAAUGUCUGUUUACAUGAGCUUCACUUCCGGUUGUUCAUGAUGCUUUAAGUGUCGUUUAUUUCAUGUUAAACAUCAGAGCCAGAUGUGUCCAGAUGUGUGUUCAGCAGAACAACUCCUGUCGGUCAGACGUGGAUCAGAGUGUUUAAUGAAACACGUAAAUAAUUUACUUGUUGAAUUAUUUGACGUGUUCUCACCUCUUCCUCAUCUCAACAUAACAAUAAUGAACUUGGAGCUGAUUUUUAUUAUGUGAUUGUCUCAUUCUGGGAAAAUGGUUUAUAUUCUGUGUGUGAUUGUUUUGAAUCAUCUACGCCACAGAGAAAUCUCUCAUCCCCCAGUGGACACACUGCCUCUUCAAUAAUGAACAAAAAAAGGGUUUUUAAUCCCAAAAAUAGUUUAAUGAUUAAAAAACAACAACCUACGUAGUGUUGAUUUUAUUUCAAACAGCUUUGGCUGCAUUGUUGGUUUAUUUUAAAUUUCCUUUGGGAUGAAACCCUGACUCAUACCUCAGCAGACAAAGGGCUUGAGUUAGUUUUUCAGUCUGUGCUUUGUUUUCUGCGAACGUCUCGCUCUUUGAAUCAGGUUCGUCGGAGCCGUGUGGCUUCUGAGCACACGUUGUUUAAACGGGAUGCUUUAAUGUUUUUUGUGUUCUGUAUCGGAGGGAAAAAGACAAACGUUAUUUGAAGUGAAAGGAAACUGCAAUAUGUACAGUUUUUAAAUGGAAAUGAACAUUCCACACACCUGGGUGUUUGUGCAAAACGUAGCCUGGGAGCUAUGAAAGAAGUCUUGUUUUUAUGGUUUUUCUUCUUGCAUAUGGAUGUUUUUUUUUCUGAGCUUCGAUGACAGAUUGUAUUUAAACCAGUAGAUAUUUCGUUGAACGUGCGUUUCUACGUCUUCCUGCGUUCGAUACGUGACAUUGCUCCGAGGAGGAGCUUUGCCUUUUGGAGCUGGUGUGAAACUAUCAGGUCGAGCAUGAAUCUGAAAAUGUAGCUUUUUAUUGUCGUCUAAGCCACUGAUGAAAUACUUGUCACACGUCAGAGGCAAAGAGCCCAGAUGAUGGAACAGCUUUCUGAACUGGAUGAAAUGUAAAGCAUUGUUUUGUUUUUUCUCAUUUAGCCAAUAAAUGUUUUUCUCUUCUGA